AAUGAUCUAUUUCUCGAAGCCGCGCUGGUCCUUCAAGCUUGUAUAAAGCAAACAAAAUUAUAUGUAAAAUCUUCCUAUAUCUCAUUUAAAAGUUCACUUGACUUGGCUAGUUUGUUGCUUGACUUGCCGUGAAAAUACGCACAAGUAGUAAAAUGGACGUCCACCUCAAUAUUAGUGCGGCAAGUGUUGUGUUCCUCAAGCGUAUGUUCGUCAGUUGUUAAAUAACACGGCGGUCGUUUUCGACCACGCCUGUGCAUUUAUUCCAGUGAAGAAGUACGAUGGAUUUCACUGAAGUUUGGAGUAACACCCGGUCUACGGUGAGCGUCGCCGUUGUGUCUUCGGACGUAGUGGCGUUGAAAGAAAUGAUUGACAGCGGCAAGCCCGUAGACGUGCAAGAUAACCGCGGUUGGAGGCCGCUUCACGAGGCGGUCGCAGCGGGGUGCAGCGUCGAAGUGCUUGACCUCCUCCUUAACCACGCUGACACGGAUGUCAACUGGCGCACCUUUGAGGGUGAGACAGCACUGCUCCUUGCAUGCAAGAGGCUGAAGGGAAAGACACUGCUGGACAUCGUCAACAGACUGCUCGGGAGCAAAGCUGACGUCAACAUUACUGACCAUGAGGGUGACUCACCGCUGCUAGCAGCAACCCGUGCUGGUGAGACGGAUGUUGUAAGGCAGCUUCUGUGCAUUGGUGGGGCUGAGGUGAACAAGGGGGACUGCGGCUUCUGGUGCCCACUGCACGAAGCAGCCGAGCGCGGUAACCUAGCCACCCUGAAGUGUCUCGUUGAGCAUGGGCGCCACACCAAGCUUGGCGUACGGGAUGAGUGCCGCAUGACACCCAUCUUUGUUGCUGCCCAGCAUGGCCACCUUGCCUGCCUCGAGUUUCUUCUUGGCACUGCCAAAGCUGCAGGGGAGGAUUCACUCAUUGAUCGUGGCGCUAUGGAUAAGGCGACACCCUUGAUGAUUGCAGCUCAGAAGGGUCACCAUGAAUGUGUGGAGCUGCUUCUCCGCUACGGCGCCGAUCCAAACCGAACAACGAAUGACAACAACACAGGAGUGCACCUUGCUGCUCAAUCCAACAGCCUUCUCUGUCUCAGGCUUCUGCUUGGUGCCAUGGACAUGAAGAGGCUCCUCGAAAACUGUCUGCAGCCCUUCCAGAGAGCAAGUGCUGCCUCUGCCAAUGAAGCCAAUGAAUCCGAGCCCAUGAUUUCACCUCUCCACAUAGCCAUAGAGUGGAACAGCCACGAAUGCCUGCAGGAGUUGAUCAAAGCUGGCUUCGACCCCAAUACCUACCUGCUACGAGUGACGGAGCCGAUAGAACAGCUGCCUCGUCAGUCACACCCGCGGUACCACUCUGCCCUGUCAUAUGCGGUGUUGAAGAGUGACGUGGCUUCCGUCCAGAUCCUCCUCGAAGCAGGCGCUAGUCCAAAUCACAUCAGCAACAAGUGUGUCAGCCCCCUUGCAUGCGCGCUCCUAGUCCCAAAUGAGCAACUCAUGAGGCUUCUCGUCGCUUCCGGAGGCGACCUGAAUCGUCUAAACCACACUGUCAGUUGUGGGAACCCAUGCCUUCAAGUGGCUGUGAGUGAUCAGAACAGGCUUGUUCGAGUCUUGCGAAUGGGGCUCGACCCAGCAGUCGGUUUUUGUGAUGAAGCCAGCAAUCUCAAGUUGGCAAGCUGCAUUUUUUACUAUAAGAAGAAUGAGCAACAUGCAUUAAAUGUUCUCAAAACAAUUCGGUACUUUGUGACAAGUCCAUCGUUACUACAGAACCUUGUGAAGAGUUGCAUCAGAAUUGGUCCUCGAUGGUGUCCGCUAAACCAGGAACAGUGGUCAGCUGUGGUAGAAUCCUUAGAGUCUCCUUUGAAGUUGAAAUGCCUCUGCCGAGUGGUCCUGCGCAAGUGGCUGCACAGCAUCCAUGGCCACUACUUCGAGGAACUUAUUCCAAAGACAAACAUUCCACCAGCCAUUCGGAGUUUUAUUUUGUACAAGGACCUUGGAAACAUUGGCUGACUGGCACAAGCAGCCGUUCAUUCUGCUAUAUUCUAUAUUUUAUGUUUUAAUUAAUAUAUAUAUAUGUAAGAUUGCAUUUAAAAGUGUAUAAUAAAUGUCAUUGUGCACAUGAA